AAGACGGACGACGCGGUCGACGGCGCGGGCGGCGGGGAGGCGCCGGCCGUGCCGCGCGACGAGGUCGUUGCCGAAGAGGAUGUCGUUGCCGACGCGGCGCCCGCCGCCGCCGACGACGGGGCAGGGGACGGUGCGGCCGGCGGCGGCGCUGCUACCGAGGACAUUGCGGCGGCCAGAAGAAAUGUCUUGGGCAGUGCGAUUCAAGGUGCGACUCUGGUCGGCCGAUGGCAGAUGGCCUGGCCCGGCGGAAGAUAGUUCAGUUGACGGCUCGGGCUGGAAGGGGUACAACCUGGGCAGCACUGGGGAGGCCAGGAUUGACGGGGAUGGGACGGCGUCUGGUGCGGGGUAUCGCCCACUCCUGCAGCUCUCGGGAUAUUUUGAGAUAUUGUCUCGAACUGGACGCUGGGAAAACCAGACCGGUAGCGGGAGCGAACAGACGAUUCUGUCUGGGUGUUUGGAUCAGUCAAUCACGUCUUUGUGAUUGCUGCCAUUGGACGCAUCCACCUCUGCAUCGACUACCAGCUCGGGGGGCCUGGUCUGGUUGGCUUCCAUGUGGGAGAGGAGACUUUGGAAGCGCGUGGUUGGUCCACCCAUGUCCUGCAGGCUCGGCACGCGGAGAGGAGGGGCCACGGCAACUAACAUUGGUACCGUAAUCAGGGCUGCAUGGGCACUCCAGGUCGUCGGGGAUUUGUCCGCCGACUUGGACCGAAAGUGGCGCGCGUUGAAAACACGCGAAGCCGCGAGGACGGCGAGUCUCCGGGUCGCCGUCGAUGCCCGCCUGACCACCUCUGAUGGCUUUCUCGCGGGGAGAGAAGCUAGUGUGUGUUUUCUGCCUACAUACUAGGUACCUUACUCUGGUUCAAGUGGUAGGGAUGUCCUCGGUCUCGAUCUAAGCUCCCUUCCCCGUUACCUCCGACUUGGUUGAUCUGCUAGCUCGAGUUUCUUCAAAAAGCUACCUUGUCCGAGAUCAGCCAGUCCAAACUUUCUAGGUGGCUCGACUUGAAGAAGUUGGGUAGCUACCUAGGUACCACGGUACCUACCUACCUAGCUACCAGCACUAAUGCGUGCCACAUCGUGCCAACACCUUAGCAUCGGGCCCUCGCCGUUGAGCUGGCAGCGAAGCUUGUGCAACAUGUAUCCACGGGCUGGCCGCUUCUUCAGCUGGCAUUUGCGGCAUAUAACAGACGGACGGGGGGCCUAAAACAGACGGGGUUCUCAGUUUCUAGCCUCGUGGUAGCAAACCACCCCAUACUGCCUCACAGCCCAGAACACCCAGCAAUGCAAGAAGCCACCGACAUCCUCAUCGUCGGGGCCGGCCCCACGGGGCUGACCCUGGCGCUGGAGCUGGCCAAGCACGGCGCCUCGUUCCGCAUAGUCGAGAAGGAGCCGGAGCGACACUCGACCAGCCGCGCCAUCGUCGUCCAGCCCCGGACCCAGGAGCUCCUGGACCGCCACACCGACUUCCGCGAGGAGAUGAUGGCCAAGUCGAGCGCCAUCCGGGGCGUCCGUUGGCACCUGAGCAAGACCCGCCGGACCUACGGCGACCUGACCGACACCGGGCUCGUCGGCACCAACUUCCCGUCCAUCGUCACCUUCUCCCAAGUUGAGAUGGAGGGGUUUCUAGAGUCCAGCCUGGGGAAAGUCACGGCCCCCGGCGGCGGCGGCGGUCGCUACGUGGUCGAGCGGGGCGUCGAAGCGACGGCCAUCGUGCAGGACCCCGACGGCGUGACCGUGACCCUGUCCAAGGCCCCCAGCCCUGGCGAAGACGGCAGCGGCGCGAGCCCGGCCCUACAGACGGUCCGGUGCAGGUACGUCGUCGGCUGCGACGGGGCCCACAGCGCCGUCCGCAAGGCCGCCACCUCGAUCCGGUACGACGGCGGCACCUACCAGCACGACUUCAUCCUCUGCGACGCCACCCUCGUCGGCGGCUCGCUCAAGAAGGGCGACAUCGAGGUCGGGCUGGGCGACCGCUUCGUCCUCAUCAUGCCCCUGGCGGCCGCCGACGGCGACGUCGUCCGCAUGGCGUGCGCCCGCGACCGCGGGCCCGGCUUCGAGCGCCACGUCCCCCCGACCCUCGCCGAGUUCCAGACGCUGCUGGACGAGACGUACGGCGACCCGGGAACGCUCUCGGACCCGACCUGGCUGACGACCUUUCGGCUCCACUGGCGCUGCGCGAGCCGUUACCGCGAGGGUCGCCUCUUCGUCGCCGGCGACGCCGCCCACAUCCACAGCCCGCUCGGCGGCCAGGGCAUGAACACGGGCAUCCAGGACGCCAUCAACCUGGCCUGGAAGCUCGCCGCCGCCACUACCACCACCACCUCUGCCGUCGCCGACGCCCUCCUGGACACGUACGACGAGGAGCGCCGGCCGGUGGGCGAGAACCUGAUCCGCACCACGGACCGCAUGUUCCGCCUCGUCACCGUCCGCAGCCCCGUCGUCGUCUGGCUGCGCCGCCUGUUGCUCCCCUGGGUCCGCCUGGUCGCGCUCUGCACGCGCGCCCGCCGUCGCCGCUUCUUCACCUUCGUCAGUCAGUUCGGCGUCCACUACCGCGCCAGUAGCAGUAGCAGCAGCGGCAUCGUCGCCACCGCGUGCGGCUUUCGUGGUCCUGUGCGCGGCGGCGACCGCCUCCCGGACGGGCCGCUCGUCGGGUGGGCCUCCGCCUCCGCCUCCGCCGCCGCCGUGGAGGGCGGUGGCAGGAGGGACAGCGGCGUCGCGCUCCCGCGCGACGCCACCACGCUGCAGCGCCUCCUCGGCGGCACGACGCACCACCUGCUCCUCUUCUCCGCCGCCGCCGCUGCCGCCGCGUCGCCGCGGGACCUGGCCCUGGCCGCGGCCGAGGUGGCCGGCGCCAGGAGCGACGUCGUCGCCCUCGCCAUCUUUUACGGCAGUGAUGGUGACGGAGGCAACGACAACGGCAAUGGCAACGACGACGACGACGACGACGACGUCUUCAAGACCGAGACCCCGGGCCGCCCCAUCGGCAGCACGUUCCGCGACGUCGGCGGCUCGCUCCACGCCCUCUAUGGGUUCUCCAAAAGGCCCGGCUAUGUCCUCUGCCGCCCGGACGGCUACGCCGCCCACGUGGGACACCUUUCAGACCUGGGCGAGCUGGUUUCGUUUUUGAAGGCGUCAAACAUGUUUGUGCACUGAUUCGUCGACGCAGAUGUUGGUGAUUCAUCGGCAUCAUGGAUCUGGGGAUUUCAAUGUAAUAGGCUCCUUUCGCCUGGACGACUCGAGUGUUUGCCUGCACUGAUCUUUUGUAUUUACAGCUACCUUCUUGUGACGAACCAUAUUCCUUCGCCUCUUACUAAUGGCUCCAUUGGAGGCUACUUAUUCGCUUGCAUGGAAUAGGAUAAAACGCUAUCUUGCCGGUGAAGAUGUGCGUAACUGCCUGCUGUAUCCUUCUGUCUGAGAUUUAUCAUUGACUUGGAUCGACUGAUUCUAUUAUUUUUCGUUUCAUUUCUCGUGCCACAUCUUCUGGUGCCUCCGCCCUAUAACAUUUGGCUGUCCGAUGUCAUCACCUACAUAGAUUCAUCGAAGAGCCGAUGUAGACCUUAUACAUGCGGGCCUGAGGGCAUCUAGGUUCUCC